AUGAGGGAUCGGGUUGGAAGAUAUGACAAGUAUACACCGUUGAAUGCGUCGCGCUCUCAAAUCUGGAGGGAAGUAUCAAUUACGGAAAUGAAGAAGGUGGACAGACCCCAGCCUAUAUUUGACAGAGAAGGUUUGGACAAUUCCAAAUACUGUGCCUUCCAUGAUGGGUCGGGCCACACAACUGAUCAAUGCUGGGAUCUCCGAGAUGCGGUGGAGAAAUUUGUGAGAGAUGGACGAUUGCGUCAAUGCGUGAUCAAAACCCAAGGGUCCAAAAACAAAAAAAGAAAGUCGGGAAACAGAAAGAGAAGUAAAAGUCCAGUUCCUGAAAAGAAGAACAAGGAUGAAAGGGACCGCAAAGAUGAUCCUAACUUCAACGAGUUCCCGGAAGCAGAAUUUGAUUACAACGUAAUCAGUGGAGCCCUUGGAGGAGGGGGUGACACUAUAAGCGCAAGAAGGAAGUACUUGAAGGAGGUCCUUUCAAUUCGGGACCGUCCUAAAUUCAAGGAAGACCCAAGCAAACCAGAUCCUCAUUUGCUGUAUUUUAUAAAGGAGGACAUGCAUGGCGUGUUGCCGGGGCAAGUUGACGGAUUAGUCAUCGCUGGAACCCUGGUAAACUGCCGAGUUAAGAUCUUUGUUGAUGCAGGGAGUAGUGUCGACAUCAUACUAUGA